AUGGGUGAAACUAAGCUUACUAUUGAAGAAAUAAAUUCAAUGUCGAAGAUUGAAUUUUGUAAAAUAUUUGGAAAUAUUGUAGAACAUUUAUCGGAAGCGACUGAAGCAAUUGAAGAGUUAAGGCCUUUUGAGCAUGUUAGUCAGUUGGAAAAUUUAUUUUGUAAUUUUAUUGAAUAUCUUGAUGACUCUGAAAAAGAAAUUAUUUUAAAAAAUCACCCAGAGUUGACGGGAGAAAUUUACAAUGAAAAAAUUUUGACAACAGAGUCUCAAAAUGAGCAGAAGAUCGCGGGAAUUAAUCAGAUGACUACGGAAGAAAAAAUACUUUUUAAUAACUUCAAUAAAUUGUAA